AUGGUGAACGAUAAAAAAAAACAAUUACACAAUUUUCACAUUUGCCAAAAACAAUCAACAAAUUUAUACUUAGGAAUCAUGUCACGAAGAGCAGGAAGAAGAGGGUAUACUUCAGAUACUACAACAAAUGCAUCACAGGAGGAUGAUAUAAUUAUUGAAGAUGAAGAAGAAGAUCUUGUUGAAGAGGAAGAAGAAGACGAAAAUGAAGUAACUAGAUGUAUUUGUGGAAAUGAUGAAUUAACUAAUGAUUCAAUCAACAAAGAAUUAGCAUCAUUUUUAAAGAAACAUUAUAAGAUUGAUAUUGAUCAAGGACUUUUCAUUCUGUGUGAAAAUUGUUCAGUUUGGCAACAUGGAUAUUGUGUGGGGUUAUUUGAAAACAAUGAUGUUCCUGAUAAAUAUUGGUGUGAAUUGUGUAAACCUGAAUUACACAUAUUAGUGAAAUAUGAUGGAUAUUCCAAGAGAACUUUGUACAAACCAGUUAAUGAUAAAAGAAAGAAAUUAGAACAAAUGACAUUUAAUGAAACUGUUGAUAGUGGAGUACCAAAGAGAAAAGCAAAGAACGAGAGGUCAUCUCCACAAGGUGCAGGAGGACAUAAGGAUAAAAGAAAGGAAAGAAGACAUCAUCACCAUCACCAUCCUUAUAAUAGUGAGGAUGAUGAGGAAUAUGAUGAGCAAUUAAAGAAAGCUUUGAGAGAAAGUGCAAGAGAAUCAGGAAUGAAAGUCAGUGAAUCAGACGCCAACGAUAAUAGUACCAAGACCAAUGAGGUUAAACUUGAACAGGAACAAACCACCAAAAGAUCAACUAAGAAAAGCGGUGAUGACAGUUCAGAUUCUUUAAAGAAGAGAAGAUCAAAUGAUUCUGAUGAUCAAGACUCAAAACGUAUUAAAUCAGAAAAAUCCAAUCAAAAGAGUUCUCCUGUUAAUGAAUCCAAUGUCGAAGUAGGAGAGGUUAAACCAAAGGAAGAAGAGGAAGUAACAACAGAAGGGAAAGAAAAGGAAGAAGAAGAAAUAACAACAAAUUCUAAUCAAUCACGAACAGUUAAACGAAAGAAAAGAACCCCACCACGUGGAUCAUCAGCUAAACCUAGCACCAAGAAAUCUCGAGAAUCAUCUGUUGAAAACAAUGCAGUUCCUACUCUUACAAAAGAAGAAUUAAUCCAACAACCAUCAAAACCAAGAUAUGUUAAUGAUAACUCGUCAAUUUAUGAGUUACGUAAACGAACAAUGGCUAUAUUGGAAUGGCUUGGUCGUUCUCAAUUAGAGCUUGAAGAAGAGAAACAACAAAAACUACAGUUAUUUUCAUUCAUUGGUGAUGAUAAUGAAGAUGGUAAACAAAAGGAAUCAGCACAGAAGGAUACACUAGAGUUGAAGGCUACAUUUGAUGAGAAUUUACUUCAAAUGGAAAAACUCACUGAAAGAAUCUUGUCCUGGCAAGAUAAAUUUAAUAAAUAUGCUGUAUAG